AUGGCGGCUCAGCGGAACGCGGUCGCUGAGCCACGUGUCUUCCGACGCGGGAAGGGCGCCGAAAACACCGUCGUGCCGUACCUUGGCCACAACCCGCAGGAGCGCGAGUCGCGCUCCAUCCGCCCCGACACCGCUGCCAUUGGCCGCACCAUCUACGGCCACAUCAAGAAGUCGCUCGACAACGGCGACUACGACCCUCCAGCGGCGUCCCCCACGCGCUCGUGCUCGCCGCAAGCGCCCCCGGCGCGCUCUCCUUCGCCGCAGCUGCUCGACAUUGACCGGACCCCCAGCCCGCCA